CGAAGCUCAGAACAAUAAGACGGCAUGCACUUUAGUGGCCCAUUGGCCGUCUUUAGCGCUCUGCUCACGCUGGCGACAUUUCCUGCUCUGACUAGUGCUGAAUCCACGGAGCUUUACGGGGAUAUAGAGAAUACGGAAUACGGUGAUUUUGAGUCACUAAGUCAGACACGGGAGCGUCAGCAACAUCUUUGCGAUCGCGAGGUGCCCACUGUGUUUUUCCAAACCGAAAAAGAUUCCCCGGUGCGUGGCAAUGGUUCCACCAUUUACUACCAUCGCAUUGAGGUAUGUUGUGUGGGUUACCGUAGAGAUCCGUAUUCCCUAGAAUGUGUUCCGGAUUGCUCGGAAACGUCGCCGGACAACUGUAUUAAUGGUUUUUGUCGCGGACCAGGAAAGUGCGAGUGUUUCGCCGAGUUUGUCCGUAACGAGCAUGGCGCCUGCAUCCACACCUGUCCCAUAGCUUGUCAACAUGGAAGGUGUUACCUGAAUGGCACCUGUGCCUGCCACCAGGGCUUCGCUCUAGAUCCCGAAACCCGUCAGUUCUGCCGGCCCCAGUGUUCGCAGGCUUGUGGAACCCAUGAGGAAUGUGUGGCCCCUGGUAAGUGCGACUGUUCCCCGGGCUACCGGCGGACGAUUGACCUGGGAUGUCAGCCAGUCUGCGCUCCGGACUGUGGACUUGGCAAAUGUGUGGCACCCAAUCAAUGCGAAUGCUUCGCUGGAUUCAUAAAGCGACCAAACCGAAAUGUCUGUGAGGCAGAGUGCUACCUGAAGUGUGAGAAUGGAUUUUGCGAGACGAGGUACAAGUGCCACUGCCGAGAAGGAUAUCGCUACGACCUGAACACCACUAGCUGUUUGCCCGAGUGCCUGGAUAAUUGUGGCGAAGGGAAUGGAGUGUGUAUAGCACCUGGAGUCUGUCGCUGCUUUAAAGGAUUCGAACUCCAUGGUGCCGACUGUCGGCCCAAGUGCGAGAAAUCAUGUGGAAAAUACGGAAGGUGUGUGGCUCCCGAAAUCUGCGGUUGUGGUCAGGGUCGGCAGCAUUGCUUGAAUGGAAGUUGCGAUGUGCAGCAUUGUACUUGUCCUGCGGGAGAAACGCACUUCAUUGAUCGCUGUCUGAGACCCGAAGACAUAAGCCAACAAUUAUAUAGUAGUGAAAAAAGAAAACACUUCAAUCGCCAGCUUGCUUAUGAGUUCAAUGCCCUGAUCGGACGUCUAUUUAAUUUUUGAUCUAAAAGGAAAACAAAAUAAAAAUUCACAUGUAGAUAUCUUA